GUUUCUAGAAUAAAGGCUUUUCUUAUGUAUUUUUAGCAUCAUCACAACCUAGGAUGUUGACAUGAUUGACGGUCGAUAUUUCUCUGUGGCCUAGAAUAGGCAUUGUCACAUGAUUUAGUUUUAUUUGAUUAAGUGAUCGGUGAUCAUCUGGCUCGGAUGGCAUAGCCAUGUCUUCUGAGUGGCGUCCCUUGAAACCUUUUGAUGGGAAUUCCUGCGCAAAAGAAAAUUCUGAGGACGUGAUGGUUACUGACCGCAAUGUUAAGGCCCAGGAGGUUGGCCAGCUCCUCUACGGGAGUUUACAUGGUUCCUCAGGCACAUAUGGCACAAUAUCGACAGCAGACCCAAAGAAGUUUUCAGCCGUUCGCCGGACAUUCUGUCUCAUGGCAUUAUUCGACCUCAUCUUGGCAUUCAUUCUCUGGGUCAUCUACACACAGUUGUCCGGCUUCAGCCCCAUCUCAGUUGCCAUCAAAGAUCAAGUAGGAAAUUAUCACUUUGAUACAUCAUUAUUUGACACAGUGUUGUUAGGUGCAUUUCGUUUCAUUGUCUUGGAGUUAUCGUAUGCCCUGUACCGAUCAAAAAGACCAUGGAUGGUGGCUCUCACCACAUUCCUAACCUGCGUCUUUCUGGUCACAAAAGUAUUUCUGUUCAACUUCACCAACCCUAAAGCAACGGAUCACACUAUGGAGUAUAUUGUUUUAGUCGUUUCAUUUGUGAUGGCGUGGGUCGAAACAUGGUUCUUAGAUUUUAGAGUCUUGCCACAGGAGUUAAAAAUAAGAGAGAGAGCUGCUCUCCUGUCCACGUCUUACCAUCCUCCAUCAGGGACGAACGAGCGCACACCGCUAACACGGGAUAUUCAUGGUCAGUAUGACCACCCGUAUCAUGGACCAGAUACAUACUAUUCGCCAAUAUCUUCAAUGCCUCCCUCCGAUGAUGAAAAUAGUGAAGAUGAAGGAAUUCGUGCUGGUUUCCGCUCAUUACCUCAUUCCCGCGGUCACAGUAGACAGGCCAGUGGUACAUCAGUUAAUACUCUAGGCUUUCAGGAGCAAGUUUAUUUACAAAAGGCACGAGAGGCACUAGAAACAGUGUGGGAUUUAUAUAAACAUUGUGACGAGUGGGUGUUUCUUGCUGGCAACGAUGAAGAUGGCAACGUGUAUGGAAAAUCAGAUAAAAAAAUAGGAAAAAUAUUUAAAUUGACAGGGUAUAUCGACUGUGAUCCGUUAUCCAUGUAUGAAGAAAUGUGCUAUCGUCUUGACGAGUCUCCAAAAUGGAAUCCCACCGUUUUAGAAUGUCGGAUUCUACACAAAGUCAAUGAGAAUACAGAAAUCACGUAUUACAAGGUGCGCGACACCACGGGAGGCUUAUUCACACCCAGAGAUUUUGUGAAUGUCCGCCAGUGGUUGGUGAGAGAAGGGAUAUAUCUAGUCACAGGGGUGGCCUGUGAGUACGCAGAAAUGCCACAGCAGAAAAAUUAUGUUAGAGGAGAGAAUCGUCCAGGUGUUUUAGCAUUUGAACCCAUCCCAGAUAAUCCAGAUGGAUGCAACUUUGUGUGGAUACUCAACACAGAUUUAAAGGGCUGGAUACCUCAAUACUUAAUAGACCAAGCGAUGUCAGGUGUCGUUAUGAAGUACCUCCGUCAUCUGAGACUCCGAGCACUUGAAAUCAAACAGGAAAAAGCGUCACAGUUACCCGUGUGAUAUUAGACAAUCUUGUAGAAGUUGUGCCAGAGAUCUUCUAUGUGAUAUGGAUGUGGAACGCCUGCAACACUUUUGAGCCAUGUUCAUUUUCGGUGCUGAAAAGGCAGGGGAUGAAAACACUGUACUGAAAGUUGUGCAGAUUUUUUUGCCUCGAAGUGAAAUGAAGUGCAGUGUUGUGCAUGUAUGUGCUGAACUGACAGCAGCUCAUUCUAAAAAUACACAAGUUAACGAUUAUCCAAUGUGUUACUUACCACUUUGAACCAGCAUUAUCUAGUGCACAGUUUCUUAAUUUAUCUUGAAAUACUCUUUCCUUUUACCUAUAUUGACCUACUUGUCAUGUCUUAUUCACUCAUUGAAAUACUCAGUCCUGGCCCUAUCAACUUAUGCCUCAUGACAUGCCUCUCUCCGGAUAAUGAGUCACCCUAUAGAAGGUUUUGGUUCAAAGAUAAGUAUUUGGGAUGAUGAUGUUAUAUUUUUAAAUGCAAAAACUAAAUGAAGUCACAUUCAUGUUAGCAAGAAUAGAGAAAGACUACCUAGUCAUCUUUAUUUAGUGUAAAUAUGAGUAAUGUCCAAUGUACAUGAAUGUAGUAUAAAAUGCUUAUGAAGUGCACUAAUUUUUAGGAGUGCUAAUGCUUUAGUUUUAUAAAGAUAAUAAUGUGCCAAUGUUAAUCAUGUGUUCAUAAAGGUUGCAGUCUGCUUCAUCAAUGUGUAAAUAUAGUGCACAUCUCUUGAGUGCAGUGCAUCUCAAGUUGGUACUGUUUCUGCAACUUGAUUGUAUGAAAUCAUCGUAUGAAAUAUGCACUGUACAAAUCCCUUUUUAGUGCGGGAUUCUUUGAGAUGAUGUUUUGGAGACAAUUUCUUACUUCUGUGUAGUUGUCUGUACAAGUUAGUUGGCUUGCGCUGUAUAUCGUAGUCGAUUUGGCCUAUUAGGGGGCUAACAUUUGAUAUAUCGUCGGCAAGUGGUGAAUUGGUUGGGGAGUUGGUAUAUAAAAUGUAAGCCAUUUAAUCAGGUAAAAACAUUAUUCAUCAAAGAAUAAAGAAAACAGGAAACUCGUGUCAAAUUGAAAACACAGUGAUGAAGUGCCAGUUUGGGUAUUAGCCUAGGGCCUAAAAUUGGGUCGAAUCUUGUCUUCAGUCAAAACGUACAAAGGUCAAAAGGACCUCAACCCUUAAAGAGGAGGCACGCUAGUUUUCCUGUUUUCUUGUAUGUGUGCUUGUGAAUUAUGAGUAGCUGUGCGGAACGUAGCCAACGUAUCUAUUGAAACUGAUGCCUAUGUCAUGUUCAAGCUAAGUAUCUUCUUUACAAUGAAAGGAUAUUUCUCGGCAGUUAUUAUUUUCAUACCCAAUAUCUUUUGCAAUCUUUUGCAGUGAAAUUAGUGUGAAAAUCUGUCAUGUCAUGAUCAUGUGUUUACAGGUAUAUGAAUAAAUUAUAAGAAAAUAUCAGAAAAA